AUGGCGUUACGAAAUCGUAGUGAUGAUAAAAAAAGAAUAUCCGAAGAUUACUUAUCACCAACAAUAUCAUCAUCAACAUUAGAAAUUGUUCUUGAUGAACAAACAUCAAGUAAUUCAGGCGAUGACGAUUCAAUUGAUCAAGCUAGGCAAUCAGAAGCCGGUACCACAACCAAUGAAAGUUCAAAGUAUCGUAAAAAAAAACAACAAAUGCCAUUACGAGAUCCAAAAUCUCAUCGAUUAAUUGAAAAACGUCGUCGUGAUCGUAUGAAUACUUAUCUCAGUGAAUUAUUACAAUUAACACCUCAUGAAAAUAAUCAACAUCAACGACGUAUUGAAAAAACUGAAAUUAUUGAAAUGGCAAUUAAACAUAUUCGUUAUUUAAUAUCAACAUUAGAAAAAAAAUCUGAAAAUAAAGAAUCAACGAUUGAUGCAUAUCGAACUGGUUAUAGAAAUGCACUUUCCGAUGUAUAUGAAUUUCUUGAUGAUUAUUCUAAUAGUGAUCAACUUCUUGCGGAUGUCGUACAAUAUUUUAAAGAAAAAGAAAUUGAUUUAAAAGCUCUAACUGAUAUACCAGAUAAAAAAAGACCAAAAUAUGUUACAUUACCAGAUAGACGAACGAAAUUAACUUCACCACCAUCAUCAUCAUCGAAAGAACAAUUUAGAAAAUCUACUUUGUCAGAUAAAGACGAUGAUAAAUUAUGUGUUAUAUCUGAAGUAUUAGAAUAUAAACAUAAUGAAGUUCAAUCUUCAAGUGAUGAACGACAAAAUUCAAGUCAACAAUCUGAUUCUAAUGUUAAAGUACCAAUAUUUGUUUUACAUCCAUCUGGUACACAUUAUAUUCCAAUGUGUAUUGAUGCAUCUGUUGUAUCAGAAGCAUUUAAAAAGAAUACAAAUUUAUCUCAUACAUUAUCAACAACAGAUCAAGUUCAAUGUCAUCCUGUAUCAAUACCUGUAAAUUUUAAUUCCACAACAACAACAACAACUCUUUGUGAUUCAUACGAACUUGAUAUUCAAAAUAUAAAUGUUAUUGGUACUCGUCAUCAAACAAGUGUGAGACCGAAUUAA